UGGUAUGAGUAAUAACACCGAAAAGAACAGUCAUAAUAACUCUCCGCACUUUAGGUUUAUAAAUCAACCGAAUCAGUCCUACAACUACUACGAUUAUCAAGAAGGUUCUUCAGCCCACUAUCAACCGGGUUAUCUUGAACCUUCCAUUUAUCCUAAAGAACCGUAUCUUUCUACGGCACCGGAAGUUCGUAUAUCACAUUUGAAUGAGUUACCCAGCUUACAUCCAGAUUCUCAUUAUUCCACAAACUCAAGUGAAACGUAUUCCCCUGGAUUUGCAACAUCAAAUACUGCUCCUCAGUUUUCAUCUUUUCAGCAAAGUUCUGAAUCACAGAAGUCUGCUUUCUCCCAGAUGCCCGAGCCUUUAUAUUCGCAAGCUUCAACUUUUCAAACUUUUCCACCUUUGCAACACUCUAACUAUCUUGAUAAACAGUCUUACUUCCCUAUGAGCGCUCUUGGAAGCACUAUGUUUACUAACUUUGUACCUGGAAUGGCUAGUAUUAGAUUUCAGGAACGUGCGCAUGAAGUUGGAGCUUGGAUUGACUCUGUAAAGUAUUAUUUUCAAGUGAACACUACCUACGUUUCUUAUAAAAUUAUCCUUUUACUUUUCCCUUAUCGACAUAAGGACUGGAAAAGAAAGGAAGUCAUUGGCACGUCUUCAGGCAUACCAUCUUUCAUCACUCCUAACGAAGAUAUUAACGCACCAGACUUAUAUUUACCGGUCAUCUCCUUUGUUACUUAUGUGUUACUGUGCGGCGCCUACUUUGGAAAGAAUAAUACGUUUACCCCAGAAAAACUCGGUCUCGUGGCUUCUUCAGCUCUUUUGUGGUUACUGCUUGAGGUGGGAAUCCUUUACUUGAGCUUUUACUUUCUCACUGUGCGUGGCAAUUAUAGUUGUUUAGAUUUUUUCUCGUAUUCUGGUUACAAAUACGUAAGCUUGUGCUUUGUUGCGCUAUCCCUGCUGUUCCGAGGAGAUCUGAAAGUUUUAUUUUACUUCAGUUGGCUGGCCACUAGUAUCCCCUGCGCCUACUUUUUAAUAAGAACUCUAAGAGCUGUGGGUAAGUCUGGAACGGCAAUCUCUCCAGCUUUUAAUUAUGUUGUUUUACUGGACGCUCUUGCUCAAAUUCCGCUUGUUUACUUAAUGUCCUACCCGUAAGGAGGCUAUAAAACCUUUGCGUCGAAUAAUAAUGAUACUAAUAAUAAUUUGGAAUAUUAUCAAAAGAAAGUGCACUUUAAGGAUCCACACUAAAAGAUCGUUUGCAACCGCAAGAUCCUGCGGCGUUAGGAUUUUGAGAGACGACAAAUUCAGCCCCCAUGAGAUCCUUGAAUACAGAAUAAGGUCCACAGUGGAGCCCUUAAGAACGGAUAGGGAUUCGGAAUCUAUUACAACAGUAGCACCGUUCCUGGUAAAGGAACUAAAAAAGUGUUAGAUAGCAGUCCUCAACUUAAAGCUAAAGAAGAGUACAUAAAAAGCUUGAAAGAACAAACCGGUCAAACAUUCCAAUACUAGAAAGUCUUUCGGACGUAAAUAUAUACUGAAAUCCCUGGCAACCACCCCCGUUAUUAUUUUAAACAAACUGAAAGGGAAAAAAAGGCGGAUAUAGCUUAGCGGCAACUAUAUGAAAAGUAAAAGGCUCUAAGUCGAUUACCUUAGCGCACCUUUCCGUUAGCAAAAUACGGCUCCUUUAAGCGAAUUUUUAUUACUUGCUUCAAACAAAAUAUUUUACGUUUCAAGCAAAUGUAGAGGUCUGCUAAACUGUGAGUGAACUUCAAUGAACUUUACAUAAAAUUUCAAAG